AUAACCUAUCAGCUUCAAUAGACACACUCCCACUUUCCCCCAAUUUCCAAUCGCAAUGUCUCAGGUUGAUAACAGAAACUCAUCCGCUUCCAAGCGUGCCAGAACUGAUGGCGGUCGUAGAGAAGACGACUGGACCUGUCCAAGCUGCGGAAACGUCAAUUUUUCGUUCAGGACAAGUUGCAAUAUGCGCAACUGCACACAACCUAGACCAGCUGAUCAUAAUUCUAAAUCUGCUCCAAAGCCAAUGCAGACCCAACAGGGCUACUCUCCCGCUGCCCCUUAUGCUGGUCCUGGGGCACCAUCAUCAAUGUAUAUUGGGGUAUCACCUUAUGCUUCAUCUAUGUUCAAUGGAUCAUCUGUGCCUCCAUAUGAUGCGGGCUCUGCUUAUCCUUAUAAUUACGGAUCUCGUGGAGGCAGCCCUUAUCGGCCCGUACAACUUUCUGGUCCACCUCCUUAUUCCGGUACAUCCCUGAUAGGUGGCAUGUAUGGUAUACCUCAACUGAUGGAGCGCUUUGGGUUGGGCUUGCCUCUGGGCCACAAUGCUAUGGGCCCACGACCUGGAUUUUUCUCUGAGGAUAGGGGACCAAAGAGAGAUGGAAAAGGUGACAAUGAUUGGGAAUGUCCCAAAUGUGGGAAUGUCAAUUUUGCGUUUAGAACUGUUUGCAACAUGAGGAAGUGCAAUACUCCUAAACCAGGAUCUCAGGCACCAAAGGCAGACAAGGGCACAAAACCAGAUAUGCCCGAAGGAAGCUGGAAGUGUGAUCAAUGUAACAACAUAAACUACCCAUUUAGAACCAAAUGCAACCGGCAAAACUGUGGUGCCGAGAAACCAUCAGAGUCCCAAAAGUCUCCUUCGGAAGAGGCUGUAGAAAAUGAUCAGGUCUGUUUUGUAAUGUGUUUAGUUCCGUUAAAUUUAUGUUGCUUGAAAAUGUCUUUGUUUGUAUUCGUGUGUACCUCUUGUGAAUGUAACGUGAAAACUUUUGGCAGCCAUUUACAUAUGUUGACAACCUUCACUUUUCUCCUUCCUUAUUUGUUUAUAGUCAUUGACUUAGUGGUGGUAAUCCGACCCAUUUCUUUAGAAAUGGGUCAAUGGGACUUUUUUUUACCAUAUCGUAUGGAACAGGUCGAAGGUCAGUCUUUUUUCUAAUGCAUUCAUCAUUGUAAAUUGUUUAAUUCACAUAUACAGAUUAACAUUUCAGCAAUAUUUUUAUGGCUGUAAUCAACAGAUUAAUUAAUUUUAAAGUGAAACAAAAAAGGUGUGCUGGUCAUUCAACCCAAUCCGAUGGUUUUGACACCUACUAAACGAGCUUUUUCAACCAGAAAUUGUAUUUGACUUUUCAUCUAAUCUGCUUGACCUGCCCAUCAUGCCACCUCAGUCUCUGUGUAAAGAUAAGUAAUGUUAUUAGAGGGCGUGGUCAUCCUGUUAUUAA